AUGUCGCUCGCUCCUUCGUUCGCCGCACGGCGAUGCGCUCAAUGUCUCCGAUCAACUCAGGCCAACACCUUCCGAUUCGCAGCCUCGACCGCACCCAGGAGAAGACACCAGCAGGAACAGCGAAGAUGGGAAACGACAGAAGCAGCAGCGGCCGCGGCACCGAAUCCCAAGAUCGCACAGAUUGUAGACCAAAUCGGUCAAUUGACGCUCCUUGAGACCGCGGACUUGGUAUCAACACUCAAGGUAUUGCCUUAGCCCUUCCUGGGGACCCCACCGUACACCCACGUAACUAACAUCCCACAGUCCCGCCUCAACAUCCCAGACAUGCCCAUCGGAAACUUCGCGGCCGCAGGUGGAUCUGCGGCCGCUGCAGCCCCAGCGGCAGCAGAAGAACCCGAAGAAGCCGCCCCUAAACAAGAAGAAAAGACCCUCUUCAACCUCAAACUCGAAUCCUUCGACGCAGCCUCCAAACCAAAGGUGAUCAAGGAGGUAAAAGCCAUGUUGGGACUGAGCUUGGUGGAUAGUAAGAAGUUUGUGGAAUCGGCGCCGAAGGUGAUGAAGGAGGGAGUGCCAAAGGAGGAGGCAGAGAAGAUUAUUGAGACAUUGAAGGGGUUGGGGGCUGUGGUGAAGAUGGAAUAG